UCAUUUAUCUCUCAGUGCUGGUCUCCGAGUCUUGCUCGACUUCUAAUAUCCUUUACCACCUCCAUUCUUCUCAAUUUCUUGCGUCUCACUAAGAGACAUUGGCAAGAGACGCAAGGACGUUGACCUGUCAGUAGCCGCCCGCCAGUACCUACUUGCUUCAUCAUCAUCGAUAAAGGUCUGGCUGGUUGUUGGGCUUUGUCGAUUUUCCUAAGUUUCCAGAAGGAGAUGAUCAUCAGUGACGGAAACAUAAAUACUCUCUCCUUCAAAUAAAGAAUGGGUAUCGAAAUCGGACCCCUCGAAAUUGUUGCCAUAGCUUCUGCGGGAGUGGCAUUAAUCCUCCUGAUCUUCGCUUCUGUAUUAUAUCUGGUCCGAAGGAAAUCUAAACGGCAGUUACAGUCACUUCGCGACCAUCGUCCUGUCACGUCCGCCACGCCACUCUCACCGUCUCGUCAAUCUGAGUUCAAUCGAGAAACCUUCUUUGGCUUUGGGGCCACAGGGAUGGUCUCCCUACCCCAUAUUCAGGCCCAGAUCGCCUCUAGUCCUAGUACAGCACAAACGUCAUUGGUGACUCCUACCAAUUCUAGCCACAAUGGCAAGAAGCAGAAACUCAAAAAGGCUCGUCUUGGAGAUAUGGGACAUUCUAGUCCAGAGAGUGGAAGGCGGAAAAGUGAAGAGUUGGUGGUCAUUACAUACGAAGAUGGUCUGCGGAAGCUUGGCAUUGAUCCCAGUGGAGAAGUACACCGUCCCAACCACAUUUUGUAUCCAGAGGAUUAUGAUGAUACGGAAGAAAUUGCGGUUUUUGAACCGCAGAUGAAGGGGAGAGUGGACUCCCCAAGAGCAAAGCUUGGCAGGGAUAGGGGCGCUGGCCGAGUAGCACCUCCAGCCUUAGAGAGUACAUGGUUACCAAGCUAUUAUCAUUCGUCUAACAGUGGUGAAAUUAAUGAUGCAGUUUACGAAUAG